AUGAAAUAUUAUAUCAUUCUUUGUUUAGUUGCAGCUACUUUGGCUGGAUCUUGUGGAUAAACAUGCUGCUAGGAUUUAAAGACCAGAGCUGCCAUGACUUAUCACUAUUAUAUUAAUACAGGUAGAUUUGUUGGAGGCAGUGGAGACUCUGCAAUUAAAACAUUUGGAUAUUCUGGUUCCGGUCAAUAUAGAAAUGAUCCAGCAUCUAUGUGCAUCAAGAACAAAGGUCCUGCUCCAGCCACUACUUAUAAAAUUACAUUGUGCAAAAACACAAUGCAUAAUCCCCCAGUUGACAGACCUUGUUCUUUUUGGAUCGAGGCAGUAGAUGAAAAAACAAUGUGUGGCAGAAGUGAAAUCUUCAUCCACGGUUGUUAAUGCUGUUCAAAUGGAGAUUGGACCGAACCACCUGUUGAUGGAUGUUCUGCAGGAUGCGUCAUCAUAAACGAAGCCAAUAGAAAGAAGUUAAGAGUAGGAGACACUAUAAUUAUUGAAUAAAGGGAUCCAUUGGGUGAUGAUGUUCAAUUCUUGGAAGAUUACUCUUAAUUUGCACAAGAAGAAUGA